CUUUCUUGUAUUAAGUUAGUACUUUCUUGUAUUAAGUUAGUACUUUCUUGUAUUAAGUUAGUACUUUCUUGUAUUAAGUUAGUGCUUUCUUGUAUUAGGUUAGUGCUUUCUUGUAUUGACCUAGUACUUUCUUGUAUUAAGUUAUUAGUACUUUCUUGUAUUAGGUUAGUACUUUCUUGUAUUAAGUUAGUACUUUCUUGUAUUAAGUUAGUACUUUCUUGUAUUAAGUUAGUACUUCCUUGUAUUGAGUUAGUGCUUUCUUGUAUUAGGUUAGUGCUUUCUUGUAUUAGGUUAGUGCUUUCUUGUAUUGACCUAGUACUUUCUUGUAUUAAGUUAGUACUUUCUUGUAUUAAGUUAGUACUUUCUUGUAUUAAGCUAGUAUUUUCUUGUAUUAAGCUAGUACUUUCGUGUAUUAAGUUAUUACUUUCUUGUAAUAAGCUAGUAUUUUCUUGUAUUAAGCUAGUACUUUCUUGUAUUAAGCUAGUACUUUCUUGUAUUAAAUUGGUACUUUCUUGUAUUGAGUAA